AUGAAUGAAACAAAUAAAGAGCAACAUCAACGAUCAGCUAAAAAUACUGAUAUAACUUAUUGGAAUGAAUUAUGGCUCAAUAGUAAAAUUGGUUUCAAUCGAUUGUCUGUAAAUAAACAUUUUAAGAAACAUAUACUCUCAAAAAUAAUCUCAAAAGAUCAACAACAAUGUGUUCUAUUUCCUUUAAGUGGUAAAACUGUAGAUAUGAAAGCCGUAUUAGAUAUCAAUCAUCAAGUUAUUGGUAUUGAAUAUAUUCAAUUAGGUGUUGAAGCAUUUUUUGAAGAAAAUAAUAUUGAACAUGAUAUUACGAAUGAUGAACAUAAUAAAUAUUCAAUUUAUAAAGGUAUUAAUCGUCCUGUAACAAUUUAUUGUAUGGAUUUUUUUACUUUCGAUCAAUCAUUGCCAACUAUUGAUUGGAUUUGGGAUCGUGGAGGAUUUGUAGCGAUUAAUAUUUCAGAACGAAAACAAUAUCGAGAUAUUCUCUCACGAUUAAUGACACCAGGACAUACACAACUUUAUCUAUUAGCUAAUUAUUAUAAAGAUUCUUCUUUUAGUGGUCCUCCUCACUGUGUAUCUGAUGAUGAUAUAAUUCAUUUAUUUGGAUCAACUUGUUCUAUUGAACUUAUCGAAGUAUUGAAUACAACAGCAGAAUUUAAUUUACAUUAUAAUCAAAAAUUACGAUUUAUGGAAGAACAUCUUCAUUUGAUUAUACGAAAAUAA